GCAGAGCUGGGAAUCAAACCCGGUUCCUCCAGAUUAGACACACGAGCUCUUAACCUCCUACGCCACUUAAGCUGCUGUUUCUUCGGGAAGGAAGUGGCCCUCUCAGCCAGACCCCGGAACUUAGCCAAGGAUGGAUGCCCUAUCGCUGUUCACCUAUUUCUCAGUGGCUGUGCUGGUGCCCUGUUGUGGAUUUAGCAUAGACACAGAACGGCCGGUCAUCUUUCAGGAAGCGGCAGAAGGCUUUGGGCAGACUGUCGUGCCUUUUGGAAGAGGAGCUGACCGGGGGGUUCUCGUCGGUGCUCCACUCCAGAGAGGGAAUGCGAACGAAAGGGGGAAAAUCUAUAAAUGCCAGCAGACCCAAAGCAAAUGCCAGGAGGUUCGCAUACAACUUCCUCGUGAUGCUGUGAACAUUUCUCUUGGUUUGUCCCUUUCCGCCUGGGAAUCCAGGUUUCUGGCGUGUGGCCCUACAGUGCACCAAACCUGCGGGAAAAACGUGUACCUGAAAAGCUAUUGCUUCCUUCUGGACCAGAACCUGAGACAGACACGGCAGUUCCCCGACGCUCUGCCAGAAUGCGCAAAACGAACCAAUGACAUCGCUCUUCUGAUAGACGGCUCAGGAAGCAUUAAGACGGGUGAAUUCAACCAGAUGAAGACGUUCAUUUCUGAAGUCAUGAGCCGCUUUCCUCAAAGCUCUGACACCGAGCCAUUUUAG